GGCUAGCCAAGUUUAUGCCGUUUUGAAUGAUUUUUGUCAAACGACCAAAAGCGAAAGAUGGUUUUCAAGGUGUUUUUGUUGGAGAACCGUUUAAACAUGCCAAAGAGUGAAAACCAAUCAUAAAAAGUUGAAAACCACUUGUGUUACUUCUUCUCUAAUUCCAACAAAGAUCAAAGUUAUUCGUUAAGAACUCAAAGAUGACGUGUGGCGAUUCCGUAAGAGAUUUGAGCAGCAAGUUCUCGAAGUUAGAAAAGUUCGAAGGCCAGGACUUCCGUCGAUGGCAGAAGAAGAUGCACUUCCUUCUCACAACAUUGAAGGUCGUGUAUUUACUGAGCACGCCUAUGCCGCAGAUCAUGGAUGACGAAACACUAGAACAGACGAGGAAGCGGUGCAAGUGGCAGAACGAUGACUACUUUUGUCGAGGACAUAUUCUAAACGACAAACUGCCUCCUUCGUGGAAAGAAUGCAAACGCGAGUUAAAGCAUAACAAGGAGGAAAUGAAUCUGGUGCAACUUGGAACCCAUCUUCGGAUUGAGGAGUCCAUCCGAGAUCAAGAGGGAAAGAAGGUGAAGGACAUAGCCGGUCCAUCGUCCAUCAACAUGGUCGAAGACGAAGGUUUCACCAAAGUAAAGAAUAAGUCUAAGGGUAAAAAGCGCAAGUCCGGAAAUACACCCAAACCUGCAAAUAAAAAGUCUAAAAUGGGUUGUUGGAAUUGUGGGAAACCAGGCCACUUCAAGCAGGAUUGUCGGAUUGGCAAGCGGGACAAGGAUACAACCAAAUUCCUAAUUCUAUAUCUUAAGAGUGGUUAUCUUAAGUGUGAGUUUUAGGUUCUAGAUAUUUGAUUAAGUGUGUCAUAUCUUAAUUAAAUUCUAGAUUCAAACCCCAAGCCAUUGAGUAGUCUGGCCCACUCUCUUACUCAUUUAACUCCCCAAAAGUGUUAUGAGAGGACCCAAAGUGGAGUCAUGAGCCGAAACGCAGGAGCCUUGCCC